CCCCAAUUAACCUAACUUAUCCUGCCUAGUCCACCCUCCCUAGUCGACUGCUCGCCCGCCUGGCCCCCGCCCAUAUGUGCCUCCUUCCCACAUUUAGUCUGCUCCUAAUCUUCCCCUCACAUUGCCGCCAUUCUUUUCCCUCCGCCCAAGCCUGCACGCUCCGGCUCGCCUGCAACCACACUCCAACGACUUUGCUCGCGCCAACAAUCACGACGACGACUUGCGCGACGUUUUCAAACCCUCAACGGCGACCGUCUGCGACUACAUCGAGGCCCCGCGCCCCCGCGUGACUAUAUUCAAUCGCGCCAUAAACAGCAAGGCUGGCGAAACGGCAGUGUAGUGCAUAUCUGUAGCGGUUUCACAGAGCAAGAAAAGGAGGAUAUUGUUGACCGGCGGCGAACAAAGACAAGGACGGCGGGUGACGCACAUUGAAUAGUUGACGCAUCUUGACAACACAUGCACACAAAGACGCAAGCGUGUUGAGGUCUCGCCGUAAUAAAUAGGCGGCCAGGGAAACGAACAAGACGAAAACAAACGACUGGAGGGGGAAGGGAAAAAAAAAAAGCCACAACGGUCAGAACUGCACGCAAACGCUGAACGUACGGUUUUCUCAUUUCCUGCGCUUGCAAGACCCUUGGGAGCUCCGCGGCGUAGCAUCCAAAUUCACGCUCAAACCCACAAAAAAGGUCUAGACGAUUAACUACCGGGCGAGUACAUCUCGGGAAUCUGCAACUCGCCUCAGACGUUCUCGGUCGCACGCAUCUUUGCCUCCAAGUGCCAACUUCGCGCAUCGGCCAGCACUUCUGAGUCGGCGUAACCCGAGUUUGCCAACGCCUCUCGCCUUGCCAUCUACACGGGCUGCGACCUUGUUUCUGCUAGGAGGCCUCUUCAGCUACCUCUUGCAUAUUCCACGAUGAAGGCCUUACGGCGAUCUAUCAAGGGUGACAAGGACAAGCAGCCACAGAUAUCCAUAGCCCCAAAGUCUGCUGUUGCCAUUGUGCCGCCAAAGAAGGUCAUCCGCGCUCUCUACGACUACGAAGCCCAAUCUACUCAAGAACUAAGCUUCUCGCGCGGCGACUUCUUCCACGUGAUAGGGAGAGAGAACGAUACAGAUUGGUACGAAGCUUGCAACCCUGCGCUUCCAGAUGCUCGCGGAUUGGUACCGGUUGCUUUCUUCCAGGCCCUUGGUCGCACAGAAAGGGAUAGUGCGCAAUCAGACACGUCCGUCACACGCACGUCUGGGCCUGUGCCGUCAAAGAACCCAGAUCAUGAUUCCGGAUAUGCCGAGACAUCAGCUCCGGUCCCAUCGACCCCUGGGUUCAGCAAUAGGGACUCCAAGUCAGGCAAGUCGGGUGCCAUGGUGUAUGGCAUAGUCAUGUACGACUUUCAAGCAGAACGUGCAGACGAACUCCAAGCACAGGCGGGUGAAGCCAUUAUAGUCAUUGCCCAGUCAAACCCGGAAUGGUUUGUGGCGAAACCUAUUGGGAGGUUGGGAGGUCCAGGGUUGAUACCUGUUUCUUUCAUUGAGAUACGAGACAUGGCAUCCAACACUCCCGUGCCUGAUCCCGAGGGAGCUGUACGGCGAGCUGGGAUUCCGAGGGUUGAGGAAUGGAAGAAGAUGGCCGCCGAGUAUAAGAACAGCAGCAUCACUCUGGGCAAGUUUGAGGUUGGAGGCGCUCCUCAGCAGCAGCAGCAGUCCAUCGAGCAAGGCAUGGACCGCAUGAGUCUGCAACCUGCAGACAGUCGCUCGAGCCAGGGGCAGCUCAAUGGCAAACUUCAGCAGCAACAACAGCAGCCUCAGCCUCAGCCUCAGCAGCAGCAGCCGCCGCAACAGCAGUCUGGAUACAACUCUCAAAGAAACACCCAACAGCAGCAGACCAUGCAACCCCAAAAUGCCUACCCAACGCCCAAGCCUUCGACUCAAUUAUACGCUCCUGUUCAAGCCAGCAUCCCGCGUUACUGUUUUGCCGAGGAAAAGUAUUGGUUCGUCAUUGAGGCUAUUCUUGAAGAUGGGCGCAAGUACGAGCUCUCGAGAUACUACGAAGACUUUUAUGACUUCCAGAUUGCGCUCCUGACCGAGUUCCCUGCCGAGGCGGGCAACACGGGAACACAAAAGCGAACCCUCCCGUACAUGCCCGGCCCCGUUAACUACGUGACUGACGCUAUCACUGAGGGUCGUCUGCACAAUCUUGAUGCAUAUGUCAAAAACCUGCUUGCACAGCCCACGUACAUAUCUCGGUGCAACUUGGUGAAGCAAUUCUUUGCACCCCGAGAAGGCGAUUAUGAGAUGGACGCGAAUGGAGAAGAAGACGAGUAUCGCAUGUCGGGCGGGUCACAACAAUCUUCGCCGGAUUCACCAAAUGGCGGAAUCUCACAACAGUCAUCACGGAACAACUUGAGCACGGGCGGCUACAAUAACAACAAUUUAGCUCCCGGUCAGCAACGGGGACUUAGUGGUCAGCCCCAAAUGAUGCGUCAGACAUCGUCACUUUCUCAGCCUUCUCAGGCUUCGCUUUCCCCCGGAAUUCCACAGGCUGGUGCUUUCAUGAAAGUGAAACUAAGCUACAACGGCGACUUGAUAGCCAUAAGAGUGCCUUCGGAUAUCCAAUUCCGAGAGCUUUUUGACAAGAUCACCGAGCGGCUCAGGAUUCAGCCCGGCGAAGAGGUGCAGCUUUCAUACAAGGACGACAUAACAAAUGGAAAGCUUGCCUUGAUGAACGAUCAAGAUCUGAUAUAUGCCAUGCAACGAAACGAGAAGCUUCUGUUCUACGUUGAUCAUAUAUAACAGAUUCAUCACGUGCCACUGCCAGCCUGAGACUGGGGUUUGCGUGCGGACGGACACCUUUCGGUGCCGUCCACCUCCCUACCUCACUUUCUAUCUACCUAACAUACCAGCCACUGAUACCCGUUGGAUCCACUCUGACCAACACCAUGUUUUCUACGGUCAUACGCCUCCGCCUUGUUGAUGAUAUCUCGAUCUUCACAGCCACAGGCAUUCGAAUCUUCUCGACAGAUGAGCGCAGGGUGCGGGGAUAUGAUCACCGCGGUCUCGAAAUUUUUCUUGUUUUUCCGUGGCGAUUGGUCUAACCGAGCCUCUCGCAUUUUGAAUAUCAUCUCCCAGAUUUGUAUCAACUUGUUGGGGAAGCCUCCUGCAGCAUCUCGCGGUCAAGACAACUUGGUCUUGCACUCUCAUAGCGGUACUUCCCAGACUUUCAUCAUGGAAGGUUUUCCGGGGCAGUAGUCCUGCGAUGCGAUACCAUCACCACAGCAUGGAGCCCAGCAUCUGGUGGAGGGAAACGCACAGGAAUUCCUUUCGACCUGUUCUUUUCUCUAUUCUUUUAUUUCCUCUUCUCUUUUUGAAAAUAGGGGGCUAAUAAAUGGCCAAUCCAUCCAAAUGGGCGGCAUCGGCGUUAAUUUGGGACGAUUGCUUCAACUUUUUCUUCUCUUCUUAUUUUUUUUCUUUGGCUUUGGGGACGAUUGCCUGUCUUGCUCACGUUGCACAUGUGGCUCCAGAUUUUGAUUCCUGGGAUAUUCUUGGUACGAUACCCGGGAAAGUCGCUUAUUCUUAGCUUAUCUCCCUCUAUUCAUGCUAUGUUCUUUCUUUUUGAGCCCAUGCUAUCAUUCCUUGAUGUGCUACCAUUCAGAUACUUGUAUUCAUGGUACAUUUGGCAUUAUGUUUCCGCAGAGCAGUUUCCGCAGGCCUGUUGUUUUGUUUUGUUUUUUCAACCAAAGCCUGAGAUUCUUCUUCUAUCCUACCGUCAAUUUCGGGAACUUACUGGUGAUUUAUUGAAUCGGAAUUCUUCCAAGGGACGCUGUUUUGAGGCUUUGGUAUAUCUAAUACGGAGGUGAAAGAAAAAAAAAAAAGCUUUUUGGAUUGGGUAAAAGGGACGGUCUAGCGAGCUAUUAAUUUUGACGAAUAAAACAUACAUCUAGC